AUGAAGCCUGGGAGAGCAACUUCUCCCCCAAGAGAAGUAACAGUGGAAGCAGGUUCUAAGUCAGUAUCUAGGCCAGACUGGAAACCUGAGCCACCCCAGAGACCUAAAACCCAGCCAGAGCCUGAGCCAGAAAAGACACCCCUAACCCAGUCAGGAUCUAGGACUCAGCAGGCAUCCAUUAUCCAACAGGAGCCUGCUUCCCAGCAAAGAUCCCUCACCCAGCAGGAGCCCCUUGACCAACAUGAAGCUGAAUCCCAGCACGAACCUGACACCCAUCAAAAAUCCGCUUCGCACCAGGAGCCUGCACUACAGCAAUCGCCUUCCAUCCAAAAGGUGCCCGUCACUCAACAGGAUGCUGCCUCACAGCAGGGAGGAAAAGAGUCUACAAUCCAACAGGAAUCGGAAUUGAGAGCUGGGUCAGGAAAACCACCUCUAGCUCAAGAAGCAGCUGAAUCAACACCUACAGCUCAGGCCAGACCCGGCUCCAAACAGGGACCUCCUGCCCAGACGGAAUCCACAUCCCAAGAGGGAUUUGAACAAGAGCCAGACACUACCACCCAGCAAACCUCUCCAGCUCCAGGAGCCAAGUCUCCACAGGGAUCUUUGACUGAGUGGGGAUUUCUAGCAAAACUGCAAGAACUAUCCCUUCAGCGAUCGGCUGCAGAAUGGAAGACAAUUUUUGAGUGGGCCACAGAUUCCGACUCGGGAUCAGAUCUAGGGACUUCGUUCGAGACAGAUUCUCCAGCCAUGAGGGAAGAAACUGGGGCCUAUGGGCAGAAGGUGAACUUGAAAGGGAAACUUGGAUAUGAAGUGACGUCAGGAUAUUCUGGGAAGAGAACCAAGGGCAAAAAUUACAGGUACUACCAGGACACAGCCUCUAGGCAGAUGCACAGCAUGGACCUGCACACCAUGACACAGUCGCUGGUGACGCUGGCAGAGGACAACAUGGCUUUCUUCUCCAGCCAGGGCCCUGGGGAGACCGCACGGCGGCUGUUGCGUGUCUUCGCAGGUGUGCGGGAGCAGGCGCUGGGGCUGGAGCCAGCCCUGAGCCGCCUGCUGGGCGUGGCGCACCUCUUCGACCUGGACUCAGAGACUCCGGCCAAUGGGUAUCGUAGCCUCGUGCACACGGCCCGCUGCUGCCUGGCACACCUGCUGCACAAGUCACGCUACGUGGCCUCUAACCGCCGCAGCAUCUUCUUCCGCGCUGGGCACAACCUGGCUGAACUGGAGGCCUACCUGGCUGCCCUCACCCAGCUCCGCGCUCUAGCGUACUACGCCCAGCGCCUGCUGGCCACCAACCAGCCGGGGGGACUCUUCUUCGAGGGUGAUGAGGGGCUCACGGCCGAUUUCCUGCGUGAAUACGUCACACUGCACAAGGGCUGUUUCUAUGGCCGCUGCCUGGGCUUCCAGUUCACGCCAGCCAUCCGGCCAUUUCUGCAGACCAUCUCCAUCGGGCUGGUGUCCUUCGGGGAGCACUACAAGCGCAACGAGACGGGCCUCAGUGUGACCGCCAGCUCCCUCUUCACCAGUGGCCGCUUUGCCAUCGACCCGGAGCUGCGUGGGGCUGAGUUUGAGCGGAUCACACAGAACUUGGACGUACACUUCUGGAAAGCCUUCUGGAACAUCACAGAGAUUGAAGUGCUGUCGUCUCUGGCCAACAUGGCAUCAGCCACCGUGAGGGUCAGCCGCCUCCUCAGCCUGCCUCCCAAAGCCUUUGACAUGCCACUGGCUGCUGACCCCAAGCUCACCGUCACCAUCUCACCCCCACUGGCCCACACGGGUCCUGGGCCCGUCCUCGUCCGGCUCAUCUCCUACGACCUUAGAGAAGGACAGGACAGUGAGGAGCUCAACAGCCUGGUGAAGUCUGAGGGCCCAUGGAGCCUGGAGCGGUGGCCACGCCCCCAGCAGGCGCCCCGCUCAAGGUACCUGGUGGUGCACAUCCACGGUGGCGGCUUUGUGGCCCAGACUUCCAAGUCCCAUGAGCCCUACCUCAAGAGCUGGGCUCAGGAGCUGGGCGCCCCCAUCCUCUCCAUCGACUACUCCCUGGCCCCCGAGGCUCCCUUCCCCCGUGCCCUGGAGGAGUGCUUCUACGCCUACUGCUGGGCUGUCAAGCACUGCGCCAUCCUUGGCUCAACAGGAGAGCGGAUAUGCCUCGCGGGAGACAGCGCGGGUGGUAACCUCUGCUUCACAGUGUCCCUCCGGGCAGCAGCCUACGGGGUGCGGGUGCCAGAUGGAAUCAUGGCCGCCUACCCGGCCACCAUGCUGCAGUCCGCUGCCUCCCCUUCUCGCCUCCUGAGUCUCAUGGACCCCCUGCUGCCCCUCAGUGUGCUCUCCAAGUGUGUCAGCGCCUAUGCGGGGGCAGAGACAGAGGACCACUCUGACUCGGACCAGAAGGCGCUAGGCAUGAUGGGGCUAGUGCGGCGGGACACAGCCCUGUUCCUGCGAGACCUCCGCCUGGGUGCCUCCUCGUGGCUGAACUCCUUCCUGGAACUGAGUGGGCACAAGUCCCACAAGCCCUCAGUGCCCACGGCAGAGCCAAUACCAAUACGACGCAGUGUGUCAGAGGCCGCGCUAGCCCAGCCUGAGGGCACACUGGGCAGGGACCCGGUCAAGAGCCUGACCAUGCAGGACCUGAGCCUUACGGGCAGCUCGGGGACCUCGGACUCCUCCGAGCUGUCACUGUCGGCCAAGUCACUUGGCCCCUCCAAGCCCUCGGACGUCAACUUCUUACUGGGCCCAGAGGAUGUGCCUGAAGAGGCCGAGGACCCAUCCCGCAGCGCCAGCACCCACACCACUGCCGCCUUCCCCGAGGGCUUCCAUCCUCGGCGCUCGAGCCAGGGAGCCACGAGGAUGCCCCUCUACUCGUCACCCAUCGUCAAGAACCCCUUCAUGUCGCCGCUGCUGGCCCCGGACAGCAUGCUACAGACCCUGCCACCCGUGCACAUCGUGGCGUGCGCGCUGGACCCCAUGCUGGACGACUCGGUCAUGUUCGCGCGGCGGCUGCGCGGCCUGGGCCAGCCCGUGACGCUGCGCGUGGUGGAGGACCUGCCGCACGGCUUCCUGAGCCUGGCCCCGCUGUGCCGCGAAACGCGGCAGGCGGCGGCGCUGUGCGUCGAGCGCAUCCGCCUCAUCCUCACCCCGCCCAGCACUGCGGCGCCCGCGCGCCACCGGAGCCUGGAGCGCCCGUCCGCACCCGCCACGCCGCCGCGCACGCCACCGGCCUGA